UGCAAAUUUGCUUCCGUUGCCACCGGUAAAAGAGUCCAGUUUCAUCCUCUGUAUCUGUUCGGACAACUCCUCUCUGAGUUUCCUGCGCGGCUGGCCGGGAAAAAACGGCGGAUCGGGGAUGGGACGCCGCCGCCGCCACUCGGCCGCCAUCUUGUUGCUGUAUUAUGUACAAGCUGUGUUAGUUGGUCGAGCUCUGGCGGUGGGAACACAAACUGACUCCGAGAUCUACUCCCUAUGUAACAACACCUGGACCAACAAGACACGUGUCAACAAUGAUCGGUUCUUCAACAAGGUGUUGUUCGACGACACGGGGGUCUUCAACAUCACAAAGGCCUUAAACAACGGAAGUUUCUUCGGCAACAUGUCGUUUUCCCAAGACAUGUGGCUCUUCAACAACACAUUUCCCUGCAAUUACACUGGAUCAGAAUGGAUGUCGGGGAACGAGUCGGUUGUGACGCCACCCCCCGACAUUGACUACAAAGCGUCGUGGGAAGACCUUCUGUUCCUUGCACUGUUGGUCAUUUCUGCCUUGGUGGGAACAGUCGGUAACGCUGCUGUCAUCCUGGCAUUCUGCCUGUAUAAAAAGGUUCGCACCACUGGCAAUACCUUUAUCCUGAACACAAGCAUCUGGGAUCUGGUAUCGUCUGCCGUUGCCACCCCACUGAUGAUCUCUUCUAUCACGACCGGCCUACCGAACUGCGGACGACCUUGCUGUGCCUUCAUAGGCUUUCUGAAUCUGUUUAGCAUAACUCAGUCAAUGUUAACCUGUAUUCUCAUUGCCUUUAACCGAUAUGUACACGUUGUGCUACCACUAGCCACUUACAAGCGCUUGUUUGGUCCUAUCAAGGCUUUCGUCUGGGUGGCUGGGGAAUGGGUGACCGGUAUCCUGAUACUAUUCCCUGCUAUAGUAGGAAUAUACGGCUGUUUGGGAUGGGACGAAUAUGUACAAGUAUGUCAGUUAUCUUACGACGACCCCAGAAGUGAACUGUUUUUCAAAAAUGUCUUUCAGUCCUGGUACUGGUUUGCAGUGUUCGCCAUAUCUGCUUUUUACGCCCGAAUCUACCUGCACGUGCGGAAGAGUACCAUGGCCAUCGGCCAGCAUCUCGGCCACAGCCCCCACCAAGUGUCCCUGCAGGCGGUGAAGCGUACAAAACACAUGUUCUACAUCUUCUUCACUUUUCUCACGCUGACCUGUCCGGUUGUUGUCGUGAAUUAUGUUGAUUUCUGGGCUACCUUUCUCCCAAAAGCUGUUUUCUUUAUCAGCUUUGCCAUGUUCUACUGCAACACCGCAGUCAAUCCCAUCAUUUACACCUGGACCCUGAAAGAGUUUCGGCAAGCGUUCAGGUCCAUGGUCCGCUGCAGACGACAUAUUGUCCCAGCUCCCCAAACUAAUCAACAUACCGGUACGGUUCAGAAAACCACGAGAACCUCUCGAUCAACGAAAGUCUUACCACCGUUGGCAGUUUCUAAACGCGUUGAGCAGGCAGGGCCGUCAAUGCCAGUGGUAGAUACCUGAGGACAGUACAACCAUCCACUGCCGGGGCAACUUCAUUUUUUUGGUAUGUUGUUCUGCAAUGAAUUCUUGAACUGCUAGAGGGCAAUUUUGAUCGAUGCAGCCGAUUCAAAAUAGGGGUGUUUAAGUAUUCAUUCGAAUUACAUGGAAUUCAUACCAGUUUUACGACAUACAUAAGAAUGGAGAUGAGUUAAACCCCUUUUCUUGUUGGACCUAAUCAGAGAAACCGGAACUGCAUGAAGAAAUUCAGUACCGGAUUUUUGACCGAUUAGAAAAUGAACAGAUUUUACAGGCAGGCGUUCACUUGUUAUGAAGCUUACAGGUCCGCGAGUAAAAGAGCGAAGUAGCUAGAGGAGAGUUUCAUCAAGUGUCUUCUGCAGUCAAACUUGGUCUACGUUAACAGAGGUAGUUAGUGCUGUUAUCAUAAAGACAGCUAAGAUUUCAAGACGCCAGUGGAAGUCGGAAGAAACUCAACCGCAUAGAAUCCUUUGUGAAAUUGACCAUUGUUUUGGGUAUCAACCAUUCGCUAGUUUCCACAGACAAUUAAGUCCAGUUAGACCUAAUACUUUGGACCGUACCUGUACCUGUACCUGAAUUUUCUGUACGAUACACACCCUAUAGCUACUUCAAUAUGAUUGUUUUGCGUUAAUUUUAAAGCUUCGGGGUUCCAUUAAUAAUAACAGUACAUAAUUUACUGUGUUAUACGUGUGUAGAUGUGAUGGCCAUAAAACAAAUAAAUUGCAAAUUCUCAGUUUGACACAUGAAACUUUCUGAGGUGUCAGGCGGCUAUACUAGUAAUUGCCCAAAGUCCCUGAGCAUAUGUUUGAGUAUUCCGGGUAUCUUACGGGUGGUACGUUCAAGGUUCAUGCACGGUUUAUCCCUUCCAAUGCUUUUAGAUGGAAUUAAAGACCAGGUAAGCCUUGCGGAAUCCACCGCGCUUAUCGAAAAGAUUAAGUGUCCAUCCCAAUGUGAGUGGUUCAAAACCAACAGUCCUUUGCUCACGUGAUGACCAGAGGACUUUGGCUUCAAUUGCUCAAACUCCUUCGGCAGAUGUUUUGCUAUUAGGUAUCAAACAGGUGAUACAUUCAAGGUUUUUGAUACGUAGUUGACGCAAAGGUUUCCUUCCAAUGCUUUUAGAUCUAAUAACAUUAACACCGGAUAAGUCUUGAGGAGCAGGUGUGCAAGUGUGAGUGUUGUAGUCUAGAGUUUCCGUUGAACGUGCAGGGGAUUUGAAACCUAGUCUAUAGUCUUUAUUUGUGAGUUUUUGCAUAUAAUCUGUCGUGGAAUCAAUAUCUAUCGCUUACCUAGGCCUCAUUAUCAUGUUCAACUACACUUAAAUAGUAACUUGUACAACAUGAAGUGUGCUUGAGUUGUUUUGCAAUUUUCCCAUUCAUUUA